AAAAAAAAAAAAAAAGAGAGAAAGAAAAAGAAAAAAGGACAGUCUCCACCAUAGCAGUCGUGGGGACCAGCACAAGCCAGAGCAGAGCCGGUGACGAUAUUUCUCCCAAAAAAUUAGGGUUUCCCGACCUUGAACCAUGGAGAGCGCCUUCGCGAACGCGUCUUCGAUAUCUGAUCAGAGGCAAAAGAUCGAGCAGUACAAACACAUACUCUCGUCCGUCAUUUCUUCCAAUGAUACAACCCAGGCCAAGAAGUUUAUCGACCAUAUGUUAUCUGACGAUGUACCAUUGGUGGUUUCUCGGCAACUACUGCAGACCUUUGCGCAAGAAUUAGGAAGGUUACAGCCGGAAACCCAGAAGGAGAUUGCCCAUUAUAUCCUUGCGCAGAUUCAGCCUCGGGUUGUUUCGUUCGAGGAACAGGUGCUAAUCAUUCGAGAGAAACUUGCGGAAUUGUAUGAAUCUGAACAGCAGUGGUCAAAAGCAGCUCAGAUGCUCAGCGGCAUCGAUCUAGAUUCUGGAAUGAGAGUGAUUGACGAUACGUUCAGGUUAUCAAAAUGUGUCCAAAUAGCUCGCCUGUAUCUUGAGGAUGAUGAUGCUAUUAAUGCAGAAGCUUUUAUUAAUAAGGCUUCAUUCUUGGUUAGCAGCAGUCAGCAGGAAGUACUGAACUUACAAUACAAGGUAUGUUAUGCAAGGAUAUUAGAUUUGAAGAGGAAGUUCUUGGAAGCAGCAUUGCGUUAUUAUGACAUUUCUCAAAUUGAGAAGAGGAAAAUAGGAGAAGAAGAGAUUGAUGAGGAAGCACUGGAACAAGCUCUAUCUGCUGCUGUGACUUGUACAAUUCUGGCUGCUGCAGGACCCCAACGUUCUCGUGUUCUUGCAACUUUAUACAAAGAUGAAAGGUGCUCAAAAUUAAAAAUUUAUCCAAUUCUCCAAAAGGUAUACUUGGAGAGAAUUUUAAGAAAACCAGAAAUUGAUGCAUUUGCUGAAGAAUUAAAAGCACAUCAGAAAGCUGUUUUACCUGACAACUUCACUGUCCUUGAUCGUGCUAUGAUUGAGCAUAAUUUGCUGAGUGCGAGCAAACUUUACACAAACAUAAGCUUCGAUGAGUUGGGCACCUUGCUGGGCAUUGAACCUCAUAAGGCUGAAAAAAUAGCGUCAAGAAUGAUCUAUGAGGACAGAAUGAGAGGAUCGAUUGAUCAGGUGGAAGCUGUCAUACAUUUUGAGGAUGACACAGAAGAACUGCAGCGAUGGGAUCAACAGAUAGUUGGGUUGUGUCAAGCCCUCAAUGAUGUCCUGGACAGCAUGGCAAAGAAGGGAUUGCCAAUUCCUGUUUGAUCUGCUGCAUCUCCAUUCAUGCUUGGGAAGUUUCACAAUGACUUUCCCUUGGCCGUCUCAAGCCAUUCAACAAUGUUCUUCAUCGGCUUCCUAGACUCUGGUAGUCUGGUGGUGUUUUUUAUCGUAUGCUUUUUACAUAAUUUGAAAAAACUAUUGUGUUAGUUUACAAAUCGAUUGAGCUACUUUCACACACAAAAAAAAAACCAUUGAGCUACUGAGUUGGACUGUUUAAGAUCGACAUUGCCUUUGGCAGCUGUUAAACAUUAAAACUCGUUUUUACUCGAAAGGGGUUAAGUUUUCCAUUUGAAA